AUGUCACGCGCUGCUCUGAUGAAGGAGGCCUUCGAGCUUCUUCAAAGGGAUGGGAAAAUACCCAAAGCCUCUGUUCCAACCGCACUUCGGGCGGCGGGUUUAAAUCCCAGUGAGGAAAGACUUAAAGAAAUCAUGAAUACUGUAACUGAGCUUGAUAUGGCUGCUUAUGAGGCGCUUGUUCAAAAGCAUGAUGAUAAGACAGAUUCUCCAGAAGCUGUAAAGGAGGCAUUCCGGGUCUUUGACAAGGACCUAGAUGGUACUGUUUCUGUUGCCGAAUUUCGCCACAUUAUGACAACAAUGGGAGAGAAAUAUACAGAAGAAGAAUUUCGGGAUUUGAUUCAAGGCUUCGAGGAGAAUGGCGUUAUUCAUUAUGAGAAGUUUGUGGACAAAAUGUUAGCUCCUUUUACCGAUCAUGGCAACGCGGAGGAUGUGAUAUAG